AUGACGGUGACACCUGAUAUAUUCGUUAACGACGGGAACUUGGUGGUCCAUGGAAAGACCAUUCUGACAGGAGUACCAGAAAAUAUAGUGCUGACUCCUGAGCCUGGGAAUGGGCUUGUUUCUGGUGCAUUUGUUGGCGCAACAUCUUCUCAAACCAAAAGCCUCCAUGUGUUUCCUAUGGGUGUCCUUGAGGGACAUAAGUUUGUGUGUUGUUUCCGGUUCAAGUUAUGGUGGAUGACUAACAGAAUGGGAACUUGUGGGAAAGACGUGCCUCUGGAGACCCAGUUCAUGCUGGUGGAGAGCAGAGAUGAGCAUUCCAGAACCAUUUAUACGGUGUUGCUUCCUCUGCUGGAAGGCCAGUUCCGUGCUGUUCUACAAGGCAAUCCCAAAAACGAAUUGGAGAUCUGCCUUGAGAGUGGGGACGACACUGUUGUGACCAAUCAAGGGCAUCACUUGGUCUACAUGCAUGCUGGCACCAACCCCUUUGAGGUCAUCAACCACUCUGUCAAGGCUGUGGAAAAACACAUGCAGACUUUCACUCAUCUUGAAAAGAAAAAACUGCCAUCUUUUCUUGACUGGUUUGGCUGGUGCACUUGGGAUGCUUUCUAUACCGAUGUCACUGCUGAGGGUAUUGAGGAAGGCCUCAAAAGCCUAUCAGAAGGAGGAACACCUCCAAGGUUCCUCAUCAUAGAUGAUGGUUGGCAACAAAUUGAAAGCAGACCAAAUGAUGCUGAUUCGGUCGUACAAGAAGGAGCUCAGUUCGCUGGCAGAUUGAUUGGCAUAAAAGAGAACACUAAAUUUCAAAAACUUCGACCGAACGAUGAAGAAAACUCUGGCCUGAAGAUUGCUGUAGACGGAUCAAAACACCGCUACAAUGUGAAAUACGUAUAUGUAUGGCAUGCUCUGGCUGGAUACUGGGGUGGAGUGAAGCCAGCGGCAAGUGGCAUGGAAAAGUACGAGACAGCCUUGGCGUACCCCGUACCAUGUCAUGGUGUACUAGGUAACCAACCAGACAUCGUCAUGGACUGCUUGUCCGUACAUGGCUUAGGAUUAGUACACCCAAAGAAGGUUCUCUAUUUCUACAACGAGCUUCAUGCAUACUUAGCUUCGUGCGGAGUAGAUGGAGUCAAAGUGGAUGUACAGAACAUCAUCGAAACCCUUGGCUCCGGUUAUGGAGGCAGAGUGUCCCUCACGCGCAGCUACCUCCAGGCGCUCGAGUCCUCCAUUGCUCGUAACUUUCCAGAUAAUGGAUGCAUUGCCUGUAUGUGUCAUAAUACUGAUGGCAUUUAUAAUGCCAAGCAAACCGCCGUUGUGAGGGCUUCUGAUGAUUUUUACCCACACGAUCCUGCUUCUCACACGGUCCAUAUCUCAUCUGUCGCCUAUAACUCUCUUUUCCUCGGAGAGUUUAUGCAGCCUGACUGGGAUAUGUUUCAUAGCUUGCAUCCAGCAGCAGAGUAUCAUGCUGCAGCUCGGGCAAUUGGUGGCUGUGCCAUUUACGUUAGUGAUAAGCCAGGACAGCACAAUUUCGAACUGCUAAAGAAGCUGGUUCUGCCUGAUGGAUCAGUUCUGCGAUCUCAAUUACAUGGGAGGCCCACCAUUGAUUGUCUCUUUGUCGAUCCAGCAAGAGAUGGGACUAGCUUGCUGAAAAUAUGGAACAUGAACAAAUGCAGUGGAGUGGUGGGUGUGUUCAAUUGCCAAGGUGCUGGUUGGUGCAAGAUUGAAAAGAAGACCCGCGUCCACGAUGCAUCUCCUGCUACUCUUUCUGGCUCUGUUUCUGCCUCUGAUGUUGACCUCAUCGCUCAAGUCGCUGGCUAUGAUUGGGAUGGCCAAGCUAUUGUUUAUGCCUUCAGAUCAGGGGAAGUAGUUAAGGUACCAAAAGGGGCUUCAGUUCCAGUGACACUUAAAGUUCUGGAGUAUGAACUUUUCCAUUUCUGCCCAAUCAAAGAAAUUGCACCAGGUGUUUCAUUUGCUGCACUAGGGCUGAUGGAUAUGCUUAACAGUGGAGGAGCAGUGGAGCAGGUUGAGAUCCAUAAAAGACAAUUAGGAAAAUCAGAAGCAGCAAGCAUAGAGCUGAGAGUGAAGGGGAGUGGGAGAUUUGGUGUGUAUUUGUCGCAGAGGCCAUGCAAGUGUGUGGUAGGUGACACUGAUACAGAAUUCAACUACGAGGAAGAAAGUGGGUUGAUGACCUUCAUCGUCCCAGUUGCUGCACAGGAAAUGUACAGAUGGCUUAUUCUCAUCCAAGUUUGA